UCACGACCCUUUGUCCUCCCGUCCCCAGCUAAGGCCUGCUACCUCUGAGGGGCCAUGUCAGAAGGGGAGAGCAAGGACAGCUCGGGCAGUGAGUGCCCUGUGUGCUAUGAGAAGUUCCGGGAUCUAGAGGGUGCCAGCCGGACCCUGAGCUGUGGCCAUGUGUUCUGUCACGACUGCUUGGUCAAGUACCUGCUCUCUACCCGGGUGGAUGGACAGGUGCAGAGGACUAUUGUCUGUCCCAUCUGCCGCUACGUCACCUUCCUCAGCAAGAAGAGCUCCCGCUGGCCCUCCAUGCUGGAUAAGAGCUCCCAGACCCUGACGGUGCCCGUGGGCCUGCCCUCCGUGCCUUCACCAGACCGUGGGGGCCACACAAACCCCCUGGCUGUCUCCCAGCAGGUCUGGAGACAAUCUUCAAGCCAGGGGACUCAGCUCCCCUUGGACCUGCUGCCCACCCUACCCCGGGAGUCACAGGUCUUCAUCAUCAGUCGCCAUGGGAUGCCACUGGGUGAACAAGACAGUGUGCUGCCCCGUCGCAGCCUGGCCGAGAUCUCUGAGGCAUCCCCAGCUCCCAGCGCCACCCGCUCCUUCUGCUGCCGCUCGCGGGCCCUUCUGCUCAUCACCCUCAUUGCCGUGGUGGCUGUGGUAGCUGCCAUCCUGCCCUGGGUACUGCUGGUGAGAAAGCAGGCAUGAGGGGCAGCAUGCAGAGGCCGGGGGAGCGAGGCCCAGCAUCGAAGCUGGGCUCUGUGCUGCACAGGCCGUGGCUAAGGAGAGGGUGGAGGGUCCCGGUGCCGAUCUGGUACAAGCUAGCUCCAAAGGGAGGUCCUAGGCUCAGACUGGGUGGGGCUAAGUUGAAAGUUUAAGGGCUUUGUCUCCACCCUUUCCAACCCUUGUCCUUUGGCGUGAGGAGAGGCUGGGGCAGGGAACCUCUUAGGUUAGCAGUGAACCGAGCAACUGACUCCCCAGGAGUGGCCUCAUGAGAAUCCCCAACAAAUGCCCCUUCUCUAGGCUGGAACUAAGCGAGAAGGUGAGUGGCCACUGCCCUCCUACAGGGUCACAGACUUUACCUGCCAAGUAACCAACCUGAAGACCUGAAGCCAGGUAGGCCUUCUAGGCACAAGGAAGU